GCGUGGCGCAACGCUUGAUUGCUUAGCGCCAAGCGCAACACGCCUCUUGCGCGACGCCCGAGAUCUACUAUGAGACUCGUGUGCCGCGCUCACGCUUGUUUUGGUGCUUUAUGAUGGUACGGCAUGAAAGUGCAAGAUAUGCGGACGUUCCGUGAACGACACUUUGCGAGAUUUACCACCGCUACAAGUGGGCGGAGAGACGAGACGCGUCCUCGGCUGCUCAGAUAAGGAGAAAGCAGCUCUCACGCGAAGUGGUGUCGCAGGGUGUGGUGAUGGAGUUAGUAAUAUUGAAAGCGAGAUCCCAACUAAAUCGUCUCGUGUCGGAGAGGCGUUCGAGUAAGGAGCGCGAGUCGCGCGCGGGCGGCGGCGGGGGCGCGCGGGCGUCGGGGCGCGAGCGCAGCAUGGCGCCCGUCGCGCCCGCGCCGGUGUCCGCCGCGCCCUGGCUCAACGCAACCCUCGCCUACAACCUCUCCCGUCUUAACUCCACCUUCGACACUGAUUACGAACUCCUCAACGGCAGCUCCACUGACGAACAUGACAAUCAUUGGUUCUGCGCAAAGUGGACCAGCGCCCAACAGGAUCUCUUCCAAGCGGCAAAUUUAUGUUUCGCCAUCGCCUUCCUAGCGCCGAAGAGUUUCAAACAAAGCAUAUUGGUGCUACGCGCGCUGGCGGCCGCCGGCGCAGUGCUCAUGGGCAUGUGGGCGGGGGCUGAAGUAUGCGCGCCUGAUGUUCUAGCCUGGAGCCUAGCUUUAGUUCUAGUCAACUCCAUACACACUGUCUUCUUAAUUAUAAGGUUUUUACCACCGGCCUUAUCUCUAGAGCUGACCGAUUUGUACCUGAAACUUUUUAAGCCUCUUAAGAUAAGUAAAAAACAUUUUCAAGAGCUAACUAGAGAAGCACGUAUCGUCAGGCUAGAACCAGGAGAAGCCUAUGCAGUAGAAGAAGUGACACCAGCAGAUGAACGACUAUCAAUAUUACUGAAGGGAAAAAUGAAGGUGAGUUGUGAUGAAACGCAUCUUCACUACAUACAGCCAUACCAAUUUGUGGAUUCACCCGAAUGGGAGGCCAAUCGGGAGCAAUCUGAUGACGUAUUCCAGGUAACUGUAAUUGCGGAAGAAGUAAGUACAUGCGUUUGUUGGCCACGAAUGAGACUAGAACGAGUGCUUCGGCAUCGUCCCUCAUUAAAAGUAGUAUUGGACUGUCUAAUAGGAAAGGAUAUAACUCAUAAGCUAUAUUCCGUGAGUGAAGGCCUCGGGUUAGGUACAUCAGGAGAAAACGACGGACCACCGGCGCAUCUCACGCGGUCAGCUAGCGUUGAUGCUGUACACGAAGGUGCAAGAGGAAGACUGAGAAGUUUAGCGUGGCGAUCUCAUACUACUUCAACUAAAGGCAAUUCAUACUGGCAGCCGGUGGUCGCUCGUCAAUUCCUGCGACAGUCUCCAUUCGGGCGAAGCGUGAUACCGCCGCCGCGGCUCCUGACCCAGGCGUCCUCCGCGAGCCUGCAACCGCCGGCGCGCAGGCGCAGCCCGCCGCGGCGCGCGGCGUCCUUCCGCCGCAGCCGCGAGGUGAAGUUCGCGGAGGUGCCCACGGCGCCCGAGCCGGCCGUGUGACGCGGGCCGCGGCCCCAGCCCGAGCUGGUGCCGCUCGUCGCGCCCGCCGCCCCCGCACCGCCCGCCCCGCCCAUCUCACCCGCCCCCUGACCGACGGCCCGACUUCCCACCACAGACUUCUAAUGGACCACGAACAACGACUCGUUGUGAAUCUCCUUGUUGUUUAGUUUUGAACGUAUUUUAUUGUUGACUAAAGAGCUUCCUGUUGAUGACGUUUGAUAAAAAUUAUCGUUUUUCAUUUAACUGUGAAUUUGGGUGAAGUGAAAGUGAACUGAAAUCUGCAUGCACUUAAACAAUGUGUUAAGGGUGAUACAGUGAUCGUGAUGGCAACUGAACUUAAACUAGUAUGAAGUGAGAUAAUUGAAAUUUAAUUAAUGUGUGAGAAAGUAGACUUAUAGCUAGUAUGUAAUUAUUUUUCUCCAUUGUCGUAUUUAUUUGAGUUGCAUUUCGCUCAACCUUCGCACAAUAGUUAUACUUUUAAGUAACAAUUUAGUAUAACGCAAUGUUUUCUAUCACAGUGCUCUUAAUAUACAUUUUUUUUUACUUCACAAAAAAAACUGUAUGAUAAUAAUUAUUCCGAAAAGCUUAUUGUCGUUAUACUAUACGAGUAUUUUUUAUACAUACAAAAUGUGGUUUACUUAUUAUUUAACUGUCUGUGGUUUUGGUAUAUUUUUGUAAUACAGUAUCAUACUGUGAAAACUGGGCUAAAAAAUAAUACGGAUUUUAUGUUGUGAUUGUUAUCUGUAAAAUUUGUAACUUACUUACAAAUAUGCCUACACAACUUUGCAAACAUCUAUUAUGCAUAUUAUAU